CUACGAGGUACCUGGGAAAAGCUUGGGGACAUCGUGAGAGCUAGGACUGGAAGGGAACUGGGGACUCGGAGGUCUGGCUGAGUUUACUUUUACUCUGUAUAGAGGGGAGCUUCGCUGAAGGCGCUCAGCCUUCGUUAAGUCAUGGAGUGCCAGUUAGCUACCAGGAACCUUAGGCUCUGCAUUACAGCAGUGAGUAAAACUGGGUGUGAUUCUUGUCUUUGUGGACUUUCCAGCUCCUUGAUGCUGGAAAACAGCAAUGAUCACAUCUCCUCUUUAAUAAGGCAAUGCCUACAACUCCUGUAGGUUCUGUGGGGGGAAGAGAGAGAUAGGGAAACGUUUCUGAGCUUAAACUAGAGCAGAGAAAGAGGGAGAGAGAGGUAGAAGAGAUGUACAGAUGCAGCAUUUGGCAGCUGUGUUUAUGGCAGUAAGGGAGAGUGAACAGUCCGAGAUGACUCAGGGUUGGGAUAAAUACCUAAAUAUGAAGUGGAAGCAUGAUUAGUCUGGCAGUGGGUAAGAGAUGUAGUGCGAUCCAUGUGGAUUUGGUUAAGUUUAAGAGUCUUAUAGGACAUCCAGCUGGAAACGUUUACUGGGCAAUUGGAAAUGUAGUCUGGCAUUCAGAAGAAACGAUAGGAUUAUAAACUUAGAUCUGAGAAUUAGUUUAAGCAUUAUUUUUUUCCCAAAACUUUGUGGAACUAUGGAAAAUUCAGUGGUGCAGUUAAUUUGCAGAUCGGAGAGACAGGUACAGUCAGACUUACAUAACGUAAAGUCAAAGCAAGUGCAGGGGAGAAUGUGUUAAGUGCCACAAAAGUUUAAAAAUGCUGUGGGAGAGCCUGGGGUGGGCUGGGGUGUAGUCCUCAGCAAUUGUAGACAUUUUCCAGGUGUGGUGUCUGCUUCUCUACUCUAGUCUGUGUACAGUCAUUGGGGGAGAUGGGCAUAGGGCCAUGAAACAUUCCACAAGGAAAAGACAGCUUAUUAUUUAUUUGUGAUUUAAAACUAAAUCCCUGCCUCCAGUCAAGUCUCCUUAAAUCCAUCAUACAUACAGCCUUCAGUGUGGUCUGUAUAAGAAUCAAUUACAUUCCUUCAGUUACUGUCCUCAGGAUAGUUGAAGUCCUUGACACAACAGGUAAAACCUUCUUGUGUUCUGGUCCUGCCCAUUUUUCCAGCCUCAUCCCUUUUAUCUUUGAUAGACAUUUGGUCGUGCUGUUUCUUGACUCAGACAAUGUUUUAGAGUGGCAGUUUGGGACCAUAAUGUCACUUUUGCCUCUAAUAUCCCCCUGACCACUCUCUUGCUUGCUUUUUACUUGCUCUUUCAAACCUCAUAAUUCUACCUUCUGACACAUUAUUUUGUAAUUAAAUAUUUAUGUGUCUGUCUUUCCCACUAGACCACACACUUACGGCAAAUAUUCCGUAGUGUUUAAUUCCCAGGGACUUAACACACUGAUGGUUCAAUGGAAGUACGAAUGAAUGAAUGGGUAAAACAAUAUAUACAGUUUAAGUACUUUGGUGGUAAGAAAACUGAUAAAGGGAUUUGAACAAGAUAAGUUCAGAAAGACUUCUGGAAGAAGGUGGGUUUAAUUAGAAUACAUUUUUUUUUCCCCUACUCUCCUGAGAUAGCCAGUGUUAAAAAAUUUUAAGUAUAGCCUUCCGUAGUUGUUUAAUAGAUUUAUACAUAGAAGAAAUUAUUCUAGGGGUCGUAGGGGUGGUAGCAGUGGUGUGUAACUCUUGAUGCAUUUACAUUUCUUUGGAUGUUUUGUGUUUAUCUUUGAAAUAAUAUAGUGCUCUUUUUAAAUUAAGAAGGUAUUUUAUCCCCUAAAUCUUCUGAAGCAAAAUUGAUAAUCCAGGAAAUCUCAGUGUUACAUACUCUGUGGAACACCUCUAGUUUUGUUUUGUUUUAGAGAUUGAUUUAUUUUGGAGAGUGAGAGUCCAUAUGUUCAAGUAGGGGGAGGGGCAAAGAAAGGGGAGGGGAGAGAAUCCUCAACCCGACUCCCUGCUGAGUGUGGAACCCCAUGUGAGGCUUAAUCCAUCACCCUGAGAUCCUGACUGGAGCUGAAACCAAGAGUUGCACACUUAACUGACUGAGCCAUCCAGGCACCCUGGCACACCCCUAGUUUGAGAAGCAUGGCUUUAUAUGGUUCCUAUUCUAGCAGUCCCUGUCCCCCUCCGUGAGUCAGUGAGAGAGCAGCUGGCAGUAGUUAGUAGCAUAAUUAUCUCUUUGGGCCAUCCAGCUUUUAGAUACCUAAGAUUACUCUAUAGUUUUCUUUCAGCAGGAUUCUGGUCCUGUCCUGUGGCCCUAGAAGCAUGCUGGUUGGGGCUUUGGGCCACUAUUUUUUUGGUAUAAAUUCCAUUUUCUUAGGGAUUAGAUCAUAUUUCCUAUUCUUUGUCUUUGAUUCCCUUGAGCAACCUAGUCAUUCAUUCAUUCAUUCUAAAAUGCUUACUGAGUUUCUACUGUAUGCCACCUUGUGUAUUAAAUGCUGGGAAUUGGUGGUGGUCAGAAACCAGGUCACAGUCUCGUGGUGGAGAUAGCCUCGUAAGCGCACUAAUGUCUUUACCACAGUUAUAGAGAAGAGGGCACCAAAGAAAGGGAACAUGGUUCUCUGGGUAUUUGGUGAGGAACAAAACUCUUAGUCUGGCAGGUCAGAAAAGGUCUCCCAUGAGGAAGUGACACUUGAACAACUAAGCUCUGAAAGAUUGAAUUAAAUAGGCAACAAAAGGCAGAGAGAAGGUUCCAAACAGAACAGCCUAUGCAAGCAUCCUGUGGCAAGAGGGCACAUGGUACUUUUGAGAAACUGGAAAAAAAAUCAGUGGAUGUGGAGCAGAGAGAAAUGGGGAAGGGGCCGAGCAGGUGGGAGGAUGGCAUGGAGGGAGCUAAAGAGAUUAGCAGAGCCAAGAUCCUACCAUGGUAGGACUUCGUUUUUAUAUCCUAAUACUGAGGAGUCCAGUUAUCAUGAUCCUAUUUAUGAAUGAAAGAAACGUUGGGUCAGGUAGAGAAAAGAAUAGAAGGGGGCCAGAGUGAUAUUGGGCCUGGAGUUGGUUGACUGGAGUGUUAUGGUAGAGGGUGAGGUGGAAAGGAAUGCACAGGUUUGGUUGGGAGAUAAAGGCCACCUACUCGGUAAGUGCACCUUGAGAGAGAAGCUGAUGUCAGAUUGCCUUAGUCCAUUUGGGCUAUUAUAAAAGAAUUGCAGAUUGAGUGGCUUAUAAAUAAGGAAUUUCUCACAGUUCUGGAGGUUGGGAAGUCCAAGAUCGGGCACUACCAUGUUUGCAUUCUGGUGAGGACCCUCUUCCUGGUUUCUAGCUGCUGCGUUCUCAUCGUGUUCUCAUGUGGUAGGACCAAAGGGUCUCUGUCUUAUAAAAGUGGUCACAUCCAAAACAACAUCCAGUCUAGAGCCAUGCAUUUGGGUGCCCUUAAGUUUUGUAUCUUGCACAGAAGUUGGCCAGCUUUUUCCUUAAAGGGCCACAUAGUGUAUAUUUUUUAUUUUGUGUACAUAUGAUCUCUGUUGCAAAUAUUCAGAUCUGAUCUGGUCAUUCAAAAGCAGCCAUAGACACCAUACACACAAAUGGGUGUGGCUGUGAUCCAGUAAAACUUCUUGGACACUGAAACUUGAGUUUCUAACAUUUUCUGCGUUUCACAAAAUCCUGUUGUUCUUUUGAUUUUUUUUUUCCUCCCCAGCUAUUUAAGAAUGUAAAACCAUUCUUAGCUCAGGGGCAAACAAAAAAUAGUUGCUGGUCUGCUAGAAAUAGCUUGACCAACCCCUUGAUCUAGCAUAUUUCUGUGGCAUUGUCUCAGAGAAGCACUUGGCUGGUUGCCCCGCAGAGUUCUGUCUUUUGGAUUUGUCUGAUUGCUGUGUGCUGGUGUUCAGCUUGUCCUCUAAUUUCCUGUACUUCCUGUAAAGUUGAAGUUCUAUCUGAAGGCUAAGCAAUUCUGAAAUAACUUUAAAUGCCCUAUUUAUUGUCCAUUUGUAUCCCUAGAUUAUAGGUAAUGGUGAUAGGACAUGCUUCACUGAGCCCAGUGAGGCAUCAGUCUGGAGAUGUGGUUUUGUUUUAGCUGCAAGCAGUUUUCCACUCUUGUUUUGAGAACUAAAACUCCAUACUGGAAGUAGUUUUUAGCAGUAAAGCAAUUACUGCUUUUAAAGCCAGCCAGUUAAAAAAAAAAAAAUUAGUGGAAAAGAAACAUCACUGAUCCUUACAAGAUUACAUACCACUAAGUGUAUGACUCCCUCAACACCCCCCCUUCCACAGGAGUAAUUUUCUACCUUGUCUUUUUUCUUCCUAUCAUGCUCUCACCCAUCUUUUAGUUUUUCAAGCUAGAAAUUGAUUCUCAUAUACUAUUUUAGUUUUUUUGAGUUUGUUGACAACAGACAUAAUUGUUGACAACAUAGGAACUUUUUUUUAAGGUUUUAUUUAUUUGAGAGUGAUCAUGAGUGGGUGGAUUGGGAGAGAGAGAGAGGGAAAGAGAGAAUCUUAAGCUGACUCCAUGCCAAGCAUGGAGUCCAACAUAGGGCUCUAUCUCACUACCAUGACCUGAGCCAAAACCAAGAGUCAAAUGCUUAACUGGUUGAGCCACCCAGGUGACCCUGUGAUAGAAACUUGUUAAUUGAAAAUAGAGUAUCCCUUAUUAUAGAUUAGGACAUUUUGAACAAGUUAAAUGAGUAGGAUUUUUGAGUGACUUUAUUUUCUUAGUUGCAUAAUGAGUUAGGUAUAAAAAGAUGGACUCACUUUGACUAUUUAAUAAUGAAUUGAGAGUGCUAACCACUGAAGGUGUUAUGGCACUGUAGCUUAUGUUAACUGAAAUUCCCUGCAUUACUGGCCUAUUACAGGAUGUAUACUGUGCUCAGUAAUAAUAGUAAGUACAUUUUAUAAGGCUUUUUUUUUUUUAAGAUUUUAUUUAUUUAUUCAUGAGAGACAGAGACAUAGGCAGAGGAGAGGCAGGCUCCUUGGGGAGCCCGAUGUGGGACUCAAUCCCAGCAUCAGGUCCUGAGCCAAAGGCAGAUGUUCAACCCAGGCGUCCCUUUUAUAAGGCUUUUAAUUUGCAAAAUACUUUCACAUUCAUUUUCCAGUUUGAGCCACAUUUCGCCCUAGAAGGAGAAAUGUUAUGCCCUCUUUAUUAGUGGGGAAACCGAGGCCCAGAAGACCUACUGAUUUGCCCAACAUCAUUCAGUUUAUUCUUCUUAAGGCCAGGAAUUUUCAUUCCAGAGUCCAUUCUCUUUCCAUAAUUGCAUUUCCUCCAUUUCAUUGUAUUUCCUGGAAAUUUGCUUACAAAUUUAUACUUUUUUGGCAAUCAAACUGAACUUUUCUUUGACCCUUCCACAUUGACCUGUUAAUUACCUUAACCACCCUGUAUGCUGGUGAGUAGGUGUGUGGGGAGUGGGAGGCCCAGAGGCCAGCCAGUAUAGGAGAGGAGAACUUAGAGAAACAGAAGUCCAGAUAAAGAAUGUAUUUGCCUCUUAGAGGAGGAAAAACUUCCUCUUAACCUAUUAGGUACUGUGGCUGGUCUAAGAAUUAAACUGACAUAAGACAUUACCAGGAGAAGAGCAUAGACAUUUUAUUUUUUGUGUAUAUGGGGAUCUUCAGAAGGAAAAUAAACCCCAAAGAAGCUGUUAGGCCUAGAAGCAUAAGUGGCAAUGUGAUAAAAGGGCUUAAAUUCUCUAAGUUAUGGGACAAUGACUAGGAAGUAUAUGAGGAAAAACUAAUGGAAGAUGAUGAAGGUUAUUUGGGUUUGUUUGUACAGAUUCAUUUUGACUUUUACUCCUGCUCUGAUAUCUAAUACAGAGAUAACAGUAUUCUUCUGUUCUUGAUAUAGGGAGGGUAUCUUUUUCAUGGGAAAUUUUGUGACCUACUUUUAUUAGGAGGGAGAUCAGAGAGCCUGGCCUGCAUCUGCUCUUUCUCCAGUGUAUUCAGCUCAAAAUAACCGAUAUGCCAAAGUGACACAUUAUGUUCUGACCCCCGUCUCCAAACCUGACUAAGGUGAAGCAUUCUAUUCAAAGGUAGAGAGCAGCUCUAACAACUGGCUGAGAAAUAAACUUCAGGAGAACCAUAUGUUGGAAAGAAAAGGACCAACGGCUAUAUCGGUAUCAACUUGACAGAUCCUAUGUUCAGAGGAAUUUAUAGGGGAGUUCAGAAGCAUCAAGAUGAUUUAAAAGAUGUAAUAGAGAGGGCUGUCCAGAUUGGAGUUAAAAAGUUUAUGAUUACAGGUGGAAAUCUGCAGGACAGUAAAGAGGCACUGCAUUUGGCACAAACAAAUGAUAUGUUUUUCAGUACAGUUGGAUGUCAUCCUACCAGAUGUGAUGAAUUUGAAAAGAAUGACCCUGAUCAUUAUUUAAUGGAAUUGUUAAACCUUGCUGAAAACAAUAAGGGGAAAGUUGUAGCAAUAGGAGAGUGUGGACUGGAUUUUGACCGACUACAGUUCUGUCCCAGAGAUACUCAGCUCAAAUAUUUUGAAAAACAGUUUGAACUGGCAGAACAAACAAAAUUACCAAUGUUUCUUCACUGUCGGAACUCACAUGCUGAAUUUUUGGAUAUAAUGAAAAGAAACAGAGACCGGUGUGUGGGUGGAGUGGUGCAUUCAUUUGAUGGUACGAAGGAAGCAGCAGCUGCCUUGAUUGACUUGGAUCUCUAUAUAGGAUUUAAUGGUUGCUCACUGAAAACUGAGGCCAAUUUGGAAGUUCUGAAAUCAAUACCUAGUGAAAAAUUAAUGAUUGAAACUGAUGCACCUUGGUGUGGAGUGAAAAGUACACAUGCUGGAUCAAAAUAUAUAAAAACUUCAUUUCCUACCAAAAAGAAGUGGGAAAAUGGGCACUGCGUAAAAGACAGGAAUGAACCCUGCCAUAUAAUAGAUCUUUCUUCCUUGAAACACAUUUUGAAGCUCCCGCAUGUUAGGAAAGGUACAAGUUACCGGGGCUCUCAAGAAGAAUCCAGCCAGUCUCUGCCCUGCACCCACCAGGCACUUUGGAGAAGAUACUGGAGUCCGACCGGGACCCCUGCCCUCCCAGAGCAAACCAGCAGAGAGGAUCAUAGCACAUAGCAGCCACCUCCCUUGAGGACAAAUAGCUUAAUGAAGGGGACACUUCAGCUGCUUAUGGG